UAGAGAGAGAGCGUCGGAGUAAAACUCAGUCCACAUUUCACUCGGUCCGUCACCACUGGACGCUACGAAAGAUUUUGAGGAAGAAGUUUUGUUUUUCUGAACCUUUAUUGAGAGAAUCCCGGGGAGCAGCUCGGAGCGGACCGGGGGCUACAUGGAAACGCUAUGUAACUGGAAAUACGGCGGCGGGACUUGUUGAUAGUUUCUCUCGAGAGGAGGCGAAGAAGUGAGCUGUGUGAUAAACAUGCUCACCCCGGUGCUGGCCUCCCUGCUGCCUCUUCUCCUGCUCUGUCGGAUUUCUUUCUGCCAGUAUUCAAGCGACCAGUGCAGCUGGAAGGGCAGCGGUCUUACUCACGAGGGCCACGCCAGGGACGUGGAACAGGUCUACUUGCGUUGCUCACAAGGCUCCCUUGAGUGGCUCUAUCCCACGGGGGCCAUCAUCGUUAAUCUCAGACCCAACACGGUCUCGCCAGCCGCCGCCCGCCUUUCCGUCUGCAUUAAACCCUCCGCAGACUCCAUGGGCACCAACAUCUACCUGGACCGUAAUGGCAGGCUGCGGCUACUGCUGCGUGAACAGGACCAGGCUCAGGGCAAAGUGCAGUGCUUCAGUAUCAAGGAGGGGGCGCUAUUCAUCGAAGCCGUCCCGCACUUGGACAUCAGCCGCAGGAUAACGGCGUUUCAGUACGAGCUGGUCAGUGACCGGCUGGGACCAGAGUCACGCUCACUGAAUGCACCCUGUCAGCCCUGCAGUGACGCUGAGAUGCUACUAGCAGUGUGCACCAAUGACUUUGUGGCACGGGGCAACAUUAAGAAGGUGGAGCAAGAGGAGGAGCACUCAUCUGUUACUGUGGAGAUCAGCCGCCUCUACAGACAGAAGACACAGGUCUUUGUAUCUGGGGGCGUGAGGGUACGGAGGUGGACUGGACACAUCAAGAUGCCCCUCAAGUGUGGGGUGAGGUCUGGGGACGGGGAGUUCCUCUUCACAGGGACAGUGAGGUUUGGGGAGGCCUGGAUGGGCUGUGCUCCUCGCUACAAAGACUUCCUGCGGCUGUAUCAUGAGGCGCAGCAGCAGGGGACCAACCCCUGCCAGGUGGACACUGACUGAGAGUGUUACCUGCACUGCUUGGAAACAGGACAAGUCCUGAACGGAUGAGCUGAACAGAGUUUUCUUGCGAGAGGAGAGAGACUGAUUGACAGACUGGCCCAAUGGCAGACAGAGUCAUUCUCCUCUCCUGCUGUCUCAUGACUGUUUGGAGGAAAAAAUGGAGCUCCUGAAUGUUGCCAAGCAGCAUGCUGGAUGGACUCUUUAAAGCGAUGCAACGUGGAAUGUGUUCAGACUGCUUUUCUCGCAGACGUGGAACUCCAAGAUCUUAAAUGUAGCAAACCCCAACUGGUUUUUAAUGUGUAUAAAAUGUGAAUGAACAUUGUAUAUUUUGAAAGUUUUUGUGCUUUGUAAAAAAAAGCUUGAUGUACAGUUCUGAAGUUAUUUCUUAUGACAGAAAUGGAUAAUGUGAAAGCCUUUUAUUUCUAUUUUGUUUAAAAAAUGAACCACAGUUGAAUUCCUGAAUUCUUUUGUUUUUUAGGUUUUACAAUUGUUUUAAAAAAACAAACCAAAAAAAGUUUUAUUUGCUCUUGAGAAUAAAAGCUUUUAUUCCUUGAAAA